AUGGUGCGAGAUGUGAGCAGGCCGUCGAAAAGGUUGGCCGUCAUGAAGCGCAGUGCGCGCUCCAGGAAGUCUUUGGUGGCUGUAUGCGCUGUGGGCAUUCUGCGGACGGCCUCAAUAUUGAGUGGCGUGGUGUCUUUCAAAUGGAGUGGCCAAACCGCAGUGUCUUGGAUAGUUCCGUUGAUCGUAUCAACCACAUGGGGCGGAAAUUCCUUUCCUUCUGCUCGCAAUAUCUCGGCGUACAACGUGACGUCGUUGAGUCCAAGUUCGCGGGCAUUCGGAGCCUUGUUGCCUAGGAACUCGGCUCGCGGAGGGCAAGGGCGGCGCCGCAAACAAAAGCGUAACCACCCGCGGCACAAGUAG